AUUUCAAUUUCUUUAUAAAUUUAUGGAUCACUAUUUUUUUGUAUUACUGGCAACCGAGUAAAAAAAAAGGACAAAACCGGGAAAAAAUAGCACAAAUGCUAUGAGAUCUAAUAAUGUCACAAUCAAUGCUAUAUUCUUAAUUUUGUUCACAAAUAUGUCUAUUUGGCCAAUAAGCCCUAAAAAAAAUUCAUAGGACAAUUUUUUCUUUUUUUAUUUUAUUUAUAUAAUAUAAAAGGUAUGGUAAAUCGUAAGUCUCACCAAAACCCACCAUUUUCCGGUUAUUCAAAGUCAUCGGUUCGCACUACACCAUGAGUGACCUCCCUCCAUACCCGCCGCUCGAUCCCACCACUUACGACCUCAUCAUCGUCGGCACCGGAAUCUCCGAAUCAAUCCUCUCCGCCGCCGCCGCCUCCUCCUCCUCAAACACCUCAGUUCUCCACCUCGACCCCAACCCCUUCUACGGCUCCCACUUCGCAUCCCUCUCCCUCCCCGAUCUCACUUCCUUCCUCCACUCCUCCUCCUCCCUCUCUCCUCCACCACCUCCUUCAUCACACGAUCACAACUUCCUCUCCGUGAAUCUCGUCAACCGAUCCUUAUACUCCUCCGUCGAGAUCACAACCUUCGACUCCUCGAUCCACGAAGAUCACGACUCGAGGAAGUUCAACGUUGACUUGUGUGGUCCUAGGGUUAACUUCUGCGCGGAUGAAUCGAUUAACUUAAUGUUGAAAUCGGGAUCUAAUAAUUACGUUGAGUUUAAGAGCGUUGAUGCGAGCUUCGUUGGUGACUCGAGUGGAGAGUUACGGAAUGUUCCGGAUUCGAGAAGUGCGAUUUUUAAGGAUAAGAGUUUGGAUCUGAUGGAGAAGAAGGAGUUGAUGACGUUUUUUAAACUUGUUCAAGCUCACUUGGCUGACGUGGCGACGGUUAGGAUUAAUGAGGAGGAUUUGGAGAGUCCGUUUAUUGAGUUCUUGGAUAAGAUGGAGUUGCCUCCCAAAAUUAAAUCGAUCAUUUUGUAUGGCAUUGCGAUGUUAGAUUAUGAUCAAGAGAAUGAGGAAGCUUGUGGAGGUUUACUCAAGACUAGAGAAGGGAUAGCUCGAUUGGCUUUGUACAUUACAUCUAUUGGCAGGUUUUCAAAUGCACUUGGGGCGUUGAUAUAUCCUAUUUAUGGACAAGGAGAGAUUCCACAAGGCUUUUGUCGUAGAGCUGCCGUCAAAGGAUGCAUCUAUGUUCUCCGGAUGCCUAUUACUGCUCUGCUUUUAGACAAGGAAACUGGGGGUUACAAAGGGGUUAGACUAGCUACGGGUCAAGAGAUAUUCAGUCAAAAGUUGAUUUUGGAUCCAUGUAUUACUGUUGAAUCAAAGUCAAUGUCGUCAUUGACUGAUCAGCAGAAAGAAACUCUUCGUGUUAUUAUCCCAAAGGCGAUAAGCAGUAAUGGGAAAAUAGCUAGAGGAAUUUGUAUCAUUAGAGGUUCUGUGAAAGCUGAUGUAUCAAACGCUCUUGUCGUAUAUCCACCUAAAUCUUUGUUUCCUGAACAGUUAGCUGCGAUUCGGGUUCUGCAGCUUGGUAGUGGUUUAGCGGUUUGUCCAGCUGACAUGCAUGUAUUAUAUCUUUCAACUGUGUGUGACAACGAUGAUCAAGGGAAAACUGCACUGUUAUCAGCCAUGAGUACUCUCAUUAGACCGCAGGUUCCUGAGAGUCUUCAAAGCGAUCCUGUAGUUGAGAAUGAUACUGCUGAAGCAAAACCUGUUGUACUCUGGAGAGCACUGUACGUGCAGGAACUGGUCAAGGGUGAAUUUGGAGGUAGUAUCAGUUCCGCGUCUAGUCCAGAUGGAAAUUUGAACUACAAUGAGAUUGUAAAAUCAGCCAUAAAGCUGUAUGAACAACUCAUGGGGAGUGGAGAAUUAUUUAAAGAAGACAACCCGACGGAGGAAAACGAUGGAGGUGCUGAAAACGAAGAUUGAUGAAUGAUAACAUUUUUUUCAUUAUGUGAUGAGUUUAUCAUAUGUUGUCUUUUGACAUGUAGUAUGUCAAUUUUUCACAGUUCUCUUUUCACAUGUAUUUUGCCAUACAGGAAGAAAAUACAAGAAGUGCAAAUAUAUAAAUUUUGAGAAAAACUUAGAUCUUAAAAACACAUUUGUAACAUAACCAAUUAGUCAUUUUGUAUUUCUGAAUAGAGGGAUAGAGAUGUG